CUUCUCUUGCAGUGCAAGCUAAUUAUGAAGUUGCUUAGUAUCUUCUUUCUCUGUUUGGCUUUAUUCUGUGCUGUUCAGGGCCAAGCUCGUGGAACAAUUCGUCUUGUUAGAAAUGGAGGCUUCUCAUCAUCUUAUACAUCUGGAAUAGUUCAGAUUUAUUACUUUAAUAGAUCCUCUACUACAAAUAGAUGGGGCAAUAUUUGUUAUGAUUUCUAUUUUGGCUUUCUAGGAGCUGAAGUAAUUUGUCAUCAGUUAGGAUAUGAUGGAGUAUCAACCUAUGGUAAAGGUGGAGCAAUGUUUGGAAAUGAUCGAGCUGCUACAAUUCUUAACAGAGUGAAUUGUGAUAGUACUAGCUAUUUGACACUUGAGCAAUGCAGCUUUUCAACAUUCAUCUCAAGUACCUGCACCAGUGACACUCAAGAUGUAUAUGUAUCAUGCUAUAGUACUAGAAUCUGGAAUAAUCCUUAUUCUGGACAGAUUCGUCUACAAGGAGGUACUUAUUCAAGUUAUGGUAGACUGGAAGUAUAUUGUAAUGGACAGUGGGGUACAGUAUGUGAUGAUAGCUUUGGCGCAACUGAUGCUAGAGUUACCUGCCGUCAGUUAGGAUACAGUGAUUACAGUACAUAUGAAAAUCUUGCUGGAUCUAGCUCUCAACCUAUUUGGCUGGGCAGAGUCAGUUGUUGGAGUUCAUUUAAUUGUCUCUCUUCUUGUGAAUCUUGUCCUUCUUCACAAUAUCAGAACUGCACACACAGUCAAGAUGUGGCUUUGGGAUGUCAAUUUAAUUCUUCUUAUUUUUCAUCCACUAAUACCUUAAAAACCUGUAAAAUUGAUCCGCCAACAUCAAGACCAACUAGACCUAGUUCUGGAGGUAGCAAUGAAACUGGUGUUACUGUUGGAAGUGUUUUUGCAACGAUUUUUGGUAUUUUAGGUAUCAUAGUAUGCAUAUGUUGUUGGUGCUGCUGCUGUAAUACUGAAGACUGGUGCAAAUGACUGAACUAAAUUCUAUAAUAAUAAAAUUGAAAUUUUAAAAAUCUAGACUAGCUAGUUAGCGACAUUAAU